GGGCACUUCGCCCCCCUCCGCUUCCGGCCGCCAAUCAGCGCUCGGUGGCGGGAAGGGGUGUGGCCUGCGUAGCCUCGCUCUCAUUCUCGCUUCUCCCGCCGACGUCGAGGCAGCAGCAGCUCCGCCGCGCUCCGCUCCGCUCCGACCCAUCCCGGUGACUUCAGUCAUGGCAUCUGACGAAGGCAAGCUCUUCAUCGGAGGGCUCAGCUUCGACACCAAUGAGCAGAACCUGGAGCAGCUUUUCUCCCCGUAUGGUGACAUCGCAGAAGUGGUGGUAGUGAAGGACCGGGACACCCAGAGAUCCAGAGGUUUCGGCUUCAUCACCUAUCGCCGUCCAGAGGAUGCCAAGGAUGCCAUGAGAGCUAUGAAUGGGGAGUCUGUGGACGGGCGCCAGAUCCGAGUUGACCAGGCUGGGAAAUCAUCCCGUGGCUCUUCAGGGGGCAGAGGCCGUGGUGGCUUCUCAAGAGGAGGCGGGGACAGAGGCUAUGGCGGCGGCCGUUAUGACAGCCGAAGUGGAGGCUACGGCGGGUCCAGGGAUUACUACGGCAGCAGGAAUCAGGGAGGCUAUGGGGACCGCUACUCUGGAGGCUCCUAUAGAGACAGCUAUGACAACUAGGGGGUGCUGUUGGGCCGUCUUAUAAAACCCCAGAGCUGCCUUUUAACGCGACUGGGGGAAAACACCCGCCAAACUGUAAGUUUGUAGGGGGAUUUAACUCCCCGCCUUCACGUAGGACCUACUCCAAAUCAGUGGGGACUACAGACAAUGCCCAAAUGAGGAAAUAAGUGCCUUCUCUCGAGCGCCAUUAGCUACCAGGGUCCUUUUAAGAACAGCAACCUCCUAGGCGUGCGCCUCUCCCCCGCCCCCCCUCCCAAAUGCCAGGGAAGGAGGCAGGGGUGCGAAAUGCCGCCGGCAUAUCUGUGUGCGGCAGUGCCUUUACCAUUCUACCUGCUUCUUAUCCUCAGCCCGGCAAUGAACAACAGCCCUUCCCGAACUGAGAUCGUCCUUCCAAUGGCCGUAUUUAUAAAGAUUUUUGGAGCUUCGCUGAAUCUUACUGUUACAUCCGCCUGUACUUUCCCUUUUGUAGCCUGGUCACAUGCAGCCCCGAGAGGAGAGGCCCGUUCCAGGGGCCCCCCUCCCUUCCACCUCCCUUCCCCUGCAAAGCAAAGAUCAGGCUGGUUUCAGGAGUUAAGCAUUUGGGGAUCUGUUUAUCUGUUCGUUUCCAAUUCGGCUUUUUAAUUGGCCAAAAUGGGAGGUGGGGCCUGACUGACCUGUAGAGCGUGAGCUGUGGAGGGGUUUUCACUUUUUUUUUUAUAACACCUUUGUAGUUUUUGUAAAUUUCCUUUAGCCUGUAGGAAGGGGAGAGGCAAAUCUCUCAGGUAGAACAAAGGGAGACUCACGACUCGUAUGCAAAAGGUAUUUUUCCUGCGAGAUGUAACCGAGCCCGAGCUUAGAUUUGCAAAAGCUUUCCGCGAGAGGUUCUCGAAAAUGUUUGUUUAUAUCGUCCCUUUUUUUUACUGGAAGAAGCGCUCAUAAUUCCAUUGAUACUGUGUUUUUUGAAGUGGCGAAGGAAUUCCUGUAUUCAGUUCUUCGGCUUUACGGAGCCUAUUAAAGACAGUCCGAAACAAAA